UUUAAUAAUUUAGUAAUGGAGCUAAAGAAUUGCUCACUUCCUACCUUACACAAGUUGACUAGAUUUCCAGGUUAUUUGCCCUCUCAUGCUCUCAUCAUAUUCAAACCUAUCUGUUUUGUGGUAUUUGAUCAGCUACUGAAGAUGGACCAGAAAGUUCAGUCUGCAAGGCUUCAAGCGGUAAUCUUCCGGCACUUGGCUUCAGUUGGGCUUCCAAAGAGCAUCCAUUGCCUUACAUUGAGGUUGGCACAGCUGUACCUUAUAAAUGCUGCUGCUCGAUCUUCUCUGCCACCACCUGAAUACGCCUCACGGUUGACAAACAACUCUUAUCACCACAUUGCACUCAUAACCGACAAUGUAGUUGCUGCUGCCGUUGUGGUCUCAUCCACCAUAUCUAGUUGUGCUGAUCCUGAGAAACUAGUGUUCCACAUUGUCACUGAUAAGAAAACUUGCAACUCAAUGCAUGCCUGGUUUGCUCUCCACUCUUUCCUUCCUGCAGUGGUGGAGGUAAGGGGACUUCACCAGUUUGACUUUCCUCCUGAUGCGAAUGCUGUGAUCAUGAACACUGUAGAGGAACUCCGUCAGAGCUCGUCUGCUUAUCGCUACUACAGGGGAUCAGGUAAAGAAUACAGAAGACUUUUAGCUCUCAGACCAAGCAUGUUUUCGCUCUUGAACUAUAUGUGGAUACAUCUUCCUGAGCUCUUUACAAAAUUAGAGAAGUUGAUUUUUCUGGAAGAUGAUGUGGUGGUUCAGAGAGACUUAACACCCCUUUGGCACUUAGAACUACAAGGGCUUGUCAUGGGUGCAGUAAGUUCACAGGACUCGGACGAAGUGCUGAACACUGGACCUUGUGUUGGGAAGAUGUUUGCCGACUACCUAAAUUUCUCGAAUUCCCUGCUUUCAUCACCAUUACUUGGGCUGCAGCACAAUAGUUGUGCAUGGUUGCAAGGCCUAAACAUAUUUGAUCUGCAAGCAUGGAGAAAGAACAACAUCACCCGUGCUUACCAGCACUGGCUCAAAUUGAAUCGCGAGUCUGGAUUCACGCUAUGGCCGAUGGGAUCACUGCCACCAGCUUUAAUAGCAUUCAACAAACAGAAUCUGCAGAUCGAGCACUCAUGGCUUCUGACAGGACUAGGUUGGCGAAUGCCUGAUCCUGAUGAACUCGAAUCUGCUGCAGUCAUUCAUUUCAGCGGGGCAGGGAAGCCAUGGCUCGAAACCGGGCAUGCUGAACUACAAAGAAUUUGGCAAAGCCACUUAAACCAUUCUGAUGAGUUGAUAAGCAGCUGCAUGGUCAUUUGAGGGGCGACAUAUAGAGGAGCAUUAGUCAAUCCAAUUCAUAGCUGAGAAAGCAAAAUAUAUAGAAAACAUAUACAUUCUUAUUUGUUUUGGGGUCUGCAGAGCAGCAGAGGUUUAGGAAGGUUGAGCAGAGAGAAGAAGGUGUUGCCUUCAGUCUCUGCUCUAUCUAUCAGUCUCUCUGCAUACUUUUCAGCUAAAGUUUGUACAAAAGCAAGCAGAAAAUUUCCUCUUUUGUCUUGUUAGUGAUGAACAAUUGGCCUCUGUGUUAAUAAUCUAAUUAAGUCUCUAUUAGUGUCUA